CGCCAUCUUAGUAGUAAUCUCGCAAGCGAAAUGCUCAAACUCAAAUAACUGUAAGGAAUAAUAUACAAUUAAAUAUUACAGGUUGCGAAUACAAUCAUCUAAAUGGAGCAUCAACGGUCACCUCAGUCAAUGACAACCAUAUCAAUUAAAGGAUCCCAGGUCAGACCGACUGGUGGCAAUCAUGAAGGAACGAGGAAACAAACUAUUGCAAUGGCACCAGGCAUGAAGCUUGUAGAAGACGUUGUCCAGCAGCAGCAAAAGCAGAUGCUCUGCAAAGUAGCCGUCAUUUACAGACGGGCGAAGAGGUUUGCAGAAGGUUCGAGCUCAGCUGUGCGAGAGAGGAAUCUGAACUCAUUGCGGUCAUCUUUUUACAGUGCUGCUAAGAAAGCCAACAUCAAAAUAAAUGUAUUUCAAGAUGCCAAAACCAUUCCAUUGCAUCCUAUGACCAUAUCUACAAGGUUGAUGUUUAAUGACCUGUUGGUAGCAAGAUCAGAACCCUUCAUCUCUGCUAUUGAUGCAGAAACUAGAGCAUAUCAACUGGCAGAAAAAAUAUUGAUGGCAUCUCUCGAAAAAGAUGUAAACACAAGGAUUAAAGUUGCUGUGCAAGACAAAGUAUAUUUCAUAAUAGACAAGGAUCUGAAUGAUCAGUCACCAAUACUUCAGAUGGCAGCAGCUCUGCAGAGAGAGGACAAGCUUCCAUGCUCUCCACGCCAUGCUAUAGAUCGUGCUGGCAGUGACAUUGCCACAUCUAUAAAUGUGAAGAUCAUGUCUAAUAAUCAUGUAACAGGGACCCUAUUCACGGCUAGGUUGUCUGUCGAUGAUGUGGUGCUGCUGGCAAGCAAGAAACCCUGGCCAACGUCCCAGCAAGCUGAGCGGCAUGUGUACGAGCAAUCCUACAAGACUCUACUGUCGCUCUCUCCGGAGACGUUCAUGUUAAAUAGAGUAAAUGGCGAGUACCAGGUGGUGCACUUGAAUUCCCACCCCAGUGAUGAGCAGUUUAGUGAUUAUGAUGGCCAGCAGAUGGCACCAGCAGAUAACGUCCACAUUGUAGUCAAAAGCGAUCCCGGUGAGCAUGCUGAUUGUGCAAAACCACGACCCGAUUUUCAUCGUCUGGUGAACAGAUCUUCUUUAACACGGAUGAGUCCUACUCUGACUGUGGCUGACACAGGAGCAUCGAGCAGUAAGAAGUGUAUUACAGUACGAUCCCAAGACCGGGUGAAAGCGGCUUGUAAAAAGUCAGAUGGUCAUGGUUCAAAGAGGGACGCCGACGAAUCUGUCACGCAUCAGCCGACGAUAGCUGUGGUAGGUAGACUGCACUGGUGUGCUGACGCGCUGCCCCGUGAGCACAACCAACCAGUGCCACGGAAGAUCAUUUGUCAGGAUUCGAUUCCGGAGCAAGCGAGAUCUCGACAGAUGUCUCAUGCUAGAAUCAGUGCCCCUGUGAGCAGUGUCAGCAGCCCGCAUGUGGUACCGACCGUGACUAUCAUUAAAUCUCAGGGGAGGCUGAAACAACAGAGUGAUGAGAUUGCAACUCAGCGAAUCAGCGAGUCGGUAGUCGAAUUUUCCUCGAAGGAUAGCGAGACACUAUCAUCUGCUACUGACCCAGUGCACUACGCUGGAUUCAUUCCCGUAUGCAGAACGCAAAAGAUAGACAUGGAGGUGAAAGAGUCUCCUAGGGUUAUACCACUACAGAAACAACAACGAGAAUUGGCCGGCAAAACAUCAUCUGAGGAAGUUGAGUCAUCAGCUUUUCCAUCAUGCAGUAUCGUGGCACGGUCAAAUGUAACAACACAUGUUGGUGACGAGACUGCAAAUAUACAUAUAGGAAUAGCUGGCAAUCAGGACUGGGAAAACAUAACUCAGUUCAGAGAAGAGGUGGAUCCGUCUGGAGAGGAGAUGAUAGAGACAGAGCAAAACUAUAGUGUGAUACCUGAUGCAGGUAGGAAUAUAGAUACAUCUGAUGCUUGGCAAAGGUACUCGUACUACGAAGAUGACGCUUUCAAUGAGAACUUGGCAAGCAACCCCUGUGACACCUGGCAGGGACUGCCGUCCUCUGAGGAUGAACGAGACGAACCGGAAUUUGUGCGCGGUCAGUGGGAGAGGUGGACAUCUGUUCAGAGCCAUGGAAUGGCUUGUAACUUGGCUGCAACAUCCAGUGCCAACGAUGUGUCACCUACUGCAAUCUGCAUGGAGGUGACUGGUCACAAGGGCACAGGUCCAGGCAUGGCAGGGGAGGAGUGUAGAGCUCCCCAUAGCUCAGCUGUGCCCAAUGUGCCUAACCAUGUUCUGCCUCACAUAGAUUUAUCUGGAAGAGAACAUCAAAGGUCGCCCACCCAGGCUACCCUACAUGGAAAGUUUACGUCUGAAAGUUUCGAAAAUAAAGAAGGCAUCCAGCAGAAUUCAAAUGGGAGGAGUAAUGUGGAUCAGGUGUCGUCAAAGGUGGCACAGGAUAGCCGCAGCAUGACAUUGUUUGCAGACAGAGCAAACCCGUCAGUCGCUGAAGGUGCCAGCCCCGGAAAUCUUGUUACUGAGCAAGUGCAUAUGGAUGAUGCCAGUGAGCUUGCUUUGGAUAAGAAAUGGUUACAGCAUUUGGCACAAGCACUCAUAAAGUCCUCCACAGACAUUGCUGCUCGUGAUAUACCAGGUCUAUUCACUGCUACAGUCAAGUCUAUGAAUCUGGACAUCAGUUUCGUAUCAGAUGUUAAAGAUAUGUUAGGCAAGGAAUGUGUCAUGAUGCACGUCUUGCUGAGUGGAAUCCUCAUUGCCUCGAGCCAAUUGGUGCCAUGGUUGGAGUUCCAGCCAGAGUGCAAAACGUCUGAGCAGCUGAGAAGGGAGCUACGGCAGGAGCUGUUUGGGAGAGCUUUUACAAAGUUACUGCAGCUGCAAGAUAGCCAGUACAUGCUGGAGAUCAUGCGGUCAAAAACGGGUGUGAAAAUGAUGGCUGUGACCCGGAAUAAGAUGAAACCGACUAAACAAGAAAUUGUGGCAGGCAGUAGCAAUCGCGUUUCACAAACAAUGAAAGGACUAAGCAAGCAGUCAGGGGAGAAGGUCAUCUUUCGAGGAACACAUCACACUGAUAUCCAGAAGAAAGCCUUCACAGCCGGCCACACAAAUAGAAUGGUAAAAGACCACGGUAACAAGUCGAGGGUGAGAAAUCUACGUGGAACAGGUCACCAAUGGUCUGUUGGGCAAAGGAGAUUUCCUGGGCCAGGGCAUACACAAAAUCGUCAUAGUGUGCAGAGUCUGCCUGUAUCUGCCAGCAGCUUGCCCUCACUCAUGGAUGUACCUGUAAGGCCAGUCAUUCCAACUGACCAGGACUGUGUGAUUAUGCAGAGACCCAACUUUCCUGUGCGUCAAAUGGAUGUGGACGGCUUGCUGAAGCCUCCUGUUGGAUUCCUUGCUACUCCCUCGCACACAGAAACCAAUACCUCUUCUGGCCUACUAAGGUCCCCACCUGACUUCGAACAUGGCGCGCUAAAGUCUGCAUUGCCAUGUGUUGAUAGUAGUAAUCCAAAUACAACUUCAUUGCCGUCGCAUACCUCCUCGGUCAACCAGUACCAAGCAGUGAGCGCAGACAGGCAAGGCAUAUUGUCCAACAGCCCACUGCAGUCUAACCAUGGGCGUAAAUCACGUGAUGGCAGACAUAGUGAUCACCGGUAUCCACUUGAUGAUGGAGUAGAAGAACUGCCCAAUGCUAUCCCACCUGCAGGUGUUGAGCUGGAAGACUGGAGCGGCCAUUUUGUGAGCGGCAACACUGAUGUUCCGAGGAUGCAACAGAAUGACAGAGAUGCCUCGCCUAGCACACCCACCAAUCGGCCAUUAAAUCACUGUUCAGGUGAUGACAUGGAAACAGAUUGUGGAGGCCGUGUGACAAGAUUAGGUCAGCGUGAUACUGGUAGUAGAUGGUCUGACAGUAAAUUGAAUACGCUAAAGUCUUGUCAAAGUUAUACCAAUGACUGUGACACAACAAGGAAUGAGGCUAGAUCAGGUGAGACGGUUCCCAAUGCUAAGUCGCCUGACAAGGGAUGGAAUAGAUCAAGGUCAGGUCGAGGUAGUAAAAGGCAUGACAGAGCAUGGCAUAACCCAAGGUCAGCUCCAGGUACUGCUGAUAAUAGAGAGCCUGGCAGGACCUGGCAUGAACCAAGAUCAAGUAGAUGUGCUACUGGUGAUAGGGGGCUGGACAAAUCAUGGGAUGAAGGAAAAACCAAUGAGUGUGAUACUAGUGAUAGGGGGCAUGCCAUCUCUUGGCACGGUCCAAGCAUCGAUAAAAGUCGCACCGAUGGUGGGUGGCCGGACAGGCCAUGGAAUGAACAUAGUUCAUGGCACGAGCCCAAGUCCAACAAAAACAGUGGUUUAAAUGAUAGGGGGCGAGAAAGGCCAUGGCAUGAACCAAGAUCACGUGAAGGUAAGAGUGAUCACAGAGGCUCUGACAGCAGGUGGAAUGAGCCAAAGUUCGAUCAACGUGAUACAAGUGAUAGUUGGCCUGAUAGGCCAUGGCAUGAACCACGAUCACCUGAAGGCAACAGUAAUGGUAGAGGCUAUGACAACGCAUGGAAUGAGCCCAAAUUUGAUCAGAGUGGUGCAGAUGGGAUAUGGCUGGAUGAGCCAUGGCAUGAACCAAGAUCACGUGAAGGCAACACUGAUGAUAGAGGGUCAGACAGCACAUGGAAUGAGGCAAAGAUAGAAAACAUUGGUACACAUGAUAGGUGGCAAAGUGAAACUAGUUCCCAUAAUAGGCGGGUUGAACACCAUGAGCCAAAAUCAAGUCAAAAUAAUACCAGUGAUAGGUGGUCUGAUAAGUCAUGGCAUCAACAAAAGUCAGUUCAAGGUGAUAUGAAUACUAAAUGUCAUGUUAAGGAAGAUAGAUUGAAGAAGUGGACCGGUAGGAUAGACUCUACACAGAAACCAGAGCUGAUCGAUUUGGAUGAUAGGUUUACUGGUAGGGAAGAAUCUGUACAGCAUUCAGUGCAAGAAUAUAAAGACGAUGGCUGCACUGGUGUAAUAGACUAUAUGCACAGACCAGUGGGGUGGUAUACCUGAUAAGUGGACUGCAUGGAAGCUUAAUUUGUUAGAAUAGAAUAGACAUAUUAUUAGCUUACAAAAUGUUAGGUGGUUAUUUGAAAAGUAGUGAAAUAUUUUUGUAUGCAUACCUAUAUAAGGCAUAUACCUAUGCAAGUGAUUGUAGUGCUGUAAACCUUUUGUUUAUCUGCUCAGUCAAUCCUUUUUUGUUAUAGCUGAUAAGGCUGACAGUAUCUGCCAUUGAAAAGGAAACAGAUUUAGUGUAGAAUACACUUGUAUAAUAUAAAAAAAGGUUGCUUUCUGUUCUGGCUGAUGUUGAUUGGUUUCCCGCUCAUGAAAGUGUGGCAAAGAAGGUCGAUUCAUCUUGCUAUAUUACUCUCAAAUGUCCGAAAUUAGUAGAAAUCAUUUCAUAUACGUUUUAUUGUUAUCAAAAUCAAGGUCAAAAUUUGCAACUGUGACUUGCACAAUAGCAAAAUAGUGAUUCGUUUGGGUUCGGUGACUCGUUUAUGUUCUCCAGUAUUUUUUCCAUUUCAAAUUAUGAACACUUAUAUAGUGUAAAAAGUUUAUAUAGGAUUAAUUGUUGCAUAUAUAUUUCAUCAGUUGUGUUCAAUAAUGCAUUGAGGUUUGAUUUCAUUACAAUGUUACUAAAUAGUACGAUCAGCUUCUUGUUACAAAAUGUAGUGCUGCUAAAAUAGAUAGGUUUGUGCAUGUGCAUAACAAUUUUUUAUGAACAAGUAUUUUGUACAAUUAUAUACAAUUUUCAAUUUAAACAAACAAA